AUGAUGUGGAAAGUCAGCAGAUGUGUUUUAGUUUCCUUGAUAAUAGUUGGAUCGAAUGUGACAGAAUGUAGGAGAACUAGUAGUGGUGGAAAUAGACCAUCUUACCGUCCUUCUCCAUCAUAUCACCCCUCACCAUCUCACCCUUCUCCAUCUCGCCCUUCGCCAUCUCACCCCUCACCAUCUCACCCUUCGCCAUCACACCCUUCGCCAUCAGGUCCCGCACCGUCUAACCCGUCACCUCCUGUUUAUCGGCCUCCUGGGUACCCUGGUUCUGGCACCGAUCCAGCAGGAAGACCAAUUGGUUGGCAGCCUCCAGGUUCUCAAGGUUCUGGACCAUUAGGACCGCCCAAAUCUGGUGAUCCCUUUGGCAGUGUGAAAUCAGGGAAUGCGUAUGAUGGAGGACCUGGAAAUGUUCGACCUAUAGGCUUUCAACCUCCAGGAGGUCUUUCGCCAGGCCAACCAGUAGGACCACCCAAAAAUGUUGGACAACUGGGCAACAGUCAAGGAGCCCAUUAUGGUCAGAACCCACCAGCAUACAACCCCAGUGUCAACCCAGCGGGAUACGGCCAACCUCCAGCAUACAAUCCCGCAGGCUACGGCCAUCCUCCUGCCUACAGUCCAGCUGGCUAUGGAAAUGCCCCUCCAUCAUACAACCCAGGUUACGGCCAUGCCCCUCCAGCAUACAACCCAGGUUACGGCCAUGCCCCUCCAGCAUACCAUCCAGGAGGCGGUGGAAUCACCAUCAUCAACAACAAUAAUCAUCACUAUGGCGGGUACCCUGCUCCCAGUUACCAUUACACCACCCACGAUACAGGUAGUGGCACUCUAGGAUUCUUUCUGGGAUACUCUUUGGCGCGCCUCAGUACCCCGAGCUACCACUUCAACAACUAUGACUAUGGCGGCGGCUAUUAUCCAAGAUACGACCAUUACGAAGUACACCAUUACUACCACAACAACCAGAACGUGCCCAAACAAGCGGAAAUCCAGCCCAACGCCGUGGUUGUUUGUGUUGGUGACAGCGGUUCUUUCUGUCCUUCCAAUACAAUUUCUCUGUGUACCAAUAAUGGUGCCGUUAUGUGCGUUGCCAAGGCUGCAUCGACGGUACCAUGUACCAAUGAGAAACAAACUAAUUGUGUGCAAAGCACGGUACCAUGUUUGAAUAACUCUGCACCCGAAUGCAAGCAAUCUUCACAAAAUGUCACUACGAUUAGCUUACCUUGCAUUUCAACAGCUACCAUCUACGGGAAUGUAACGUUUGUUAACAAUACAUUGGUUAUUGCAAAUACUUCAGCAGUUAACAGCACAAGCUACUUGAAUAGUACGACUACUCCUCCUAGUAUCAAUACUUCAGUUCUUGAGACAAAUUCUACAAUUCUGAACAAUAGUUCGACCACUCCCAGUUCAGUUACUACAACUCCUAGCUCAAUCAAUGCAACAGAAACAGGAAACGUUACGGAUGUGAAUAAGGGUCCUCCUCAGACAUUUUGUGUUACUAUUCUAGCUUUACCUGCUGAGAAAAAGGCGACACAAGGUGAAAAGUUAUUUCAAGUAUCGAAUGAAAUAUUUGGACAGUUCGCUGCGAAGGCAUUAGGAGUUAUAUAA